GUAAUAAUGGGCCCCACUAAUAUAUUUUUUAAAAAAAUUGAUCAAUAGUACAGUAUCAACGACUGAUGAGUGUAACGGCUAAAAAUGGUCACUGAAACUACAAACCCCCACAUUCCAAGUUUCCAACCAUCGAACUCUGCGCACACUCCAUUGUCUCUCAGACACUUAGGAGAGAGAAACUGAGAAAUUAGAGGAGAGAGAAACUCAAAACCCAGCUGAUCACACAACAAACAAGGGGCAAACACGUAAUUUCCCCCAACCCCGCGAAAAAACUAUGCACGGACUCCGAGUCUACAACAACUCCUCCGGCAAAUUUCACGGCGGAAAACAGAUUUUUCCGAUGACUUCCGGCGAAUCUGCGGCGGCUUCACAGCGCCUUAUCGACGCCAUUCUCGCCGGAGAUUCGAAGCUCGCUUUUGAUCUUCUCUCUGAUCCUUUCGUCGACGUUGAUUUUGUUGGUACUGUUACGUUGAGGUCUCUGAAGACUGAACUCGUUCCUAAUGGUGAGUUGACUCACCGAGUUGUCUCUGAGUUUGAAGAGUUUCGGACAGAUGUUACUGCUUUGUUUCUUGCUGCUCACUCUGGGAAUCUCAUUCUCGUCAAUAAAUUACUGAGUUUUAAAGCUGAUGUAAACAAGAAGCUCUUCCGAGGCUAUGCAACAACGGCAGCAGUAAGAAGUGGUCAUAUCGAAAUACUUGAAGUUCUACUGAAAGCAAGGGUAUGUCAGCCAGCAUGUGAGGAUGCGUUAUUGGAGGCAAGCUAUGUGGGACGGCCAAGGCAUGCAGAGCUACUCAUGGGUUCUAAUAAUAUCAGUUCACAAGUUGCUGUCCAUGCCCUUGUCACUGCUUGCAGCAGAGGCUUUCUUGAUGUUAUUCAGGUGUUAAUUAAGUGUGGAGUGGACACUAAUGCUAUUGACCGCAUGCUGCUCCUAUCAUCAAAACCAUACCUACACCUGAAUGUUGACUGCAAUGCAAUUGUUGCAGCCAUAGUUAGCAGACAGAGUUCUGUUGUCGAAUUACUGCUAAGGGAGGGUGUCCGGACAGAUACUAAAGUCAGGUUAGGUGCAUGGUCGUGGGACCCAUUAACAGGAGAGGAGUGCAGAGUGGGUGCUGGACUAGCUGAACCUUAUGACAUUGCUUGGUGUGCUGUUGAGUACUUUGAAGAAACUGGUAGUAUCUUGCGCUUGCUCCUUCAGCAUCUCUCCCCUAACACACCUCACCUCGGAAGAAACCUUAUCUACCAUGCCAUUCUAUGCAGCAAUGCACGAGCGCUUGAUGUGUUGUUGAGUUGUGGCGCAGAUGUGGAAUUUCCUCUAAAAUCAAGUGAAAAAACUGAAAUCCGUCCUAUACAUUUGGGUGCACGCCUUGGGGAAGUGGAAAUUCUUUGGCGUCUCAUAACUGCAGGCUGCAAUAUCAACUCCAAGACCAGUGGAGGAGAGACUGCAGUUAUGAUAUGUACUAAAUACAAGCACAAGGAGUGUCUUAAAGCACUAGCUUCAGCAGGUGCUGAUUUUGGGCUGGUAGAUGCAGCUGGUGAGUUUGCAAGCUCCAUAGCAGGGUCCACGAGGUGGACAUUAGGUUUCCAGCAAGUAAUCCUUGAUGUGAUUAGAUCUGGGAAAGUAGUCAAAUCCAGCAACUCUGCAGUCUUUUCUUCAAUCAUAUUUGUGGUUCAAUCCAAUGAGAUUCAAGCAUUGAAAAUCCUUACAAAACAACCAGAUGUGGCUCUUGACGAGCAGGAUGAGAAUGGGUUUACAGCAGCUAUGUUGGCUGCAGCAAGUGGUCAAGUGGAGACUUUCCGCUUGCUUGUCUAUGCUGGAGCUGAUAUAUCAGUAAGCAACAAGCGUGGAGAAACAGCUUUAACUUUAUCUGAAGCAAGCUGUAACCGAGAAGCUUUUGAGCAGAUUAUGCUGGAUUAUGCCCUCAAAAAUGAAAGUCAUGGGCCUACUAGUUCUUUUGCCUUGCAUUGUGCAGCACGACAAGGGGACUUGGCUUCAGUUCGAAGGCUAACAAGCAUGGGAUACGAUGUCAAUGCUUUUGAUGGUGAUGGGUACACCCCAUUGAUGUUAGCAGCCAAGGAAGGCUAUGGAAGCACAUGUCAAUUUCUGAUCUCUCGAGGUGCAAAAUGUGAGACUGAAAAUGAUAAACAUGAGACUGCACUUUCACUGACAAGGAAGAACGGCAUUGGGAAUGAAGCGGAGCAUGUGAUACUUGACGAACUAGCAAGGGUUUUAGUUCUAUGUGGUACAUGGGUGAAGAAGCACACCAAGGAAGGCAAAGGAUCACCACACUGGAAGAAAUUGAAGAUGAUUCGAUCAACUGGAGUGCUGUACUGGGGCAAGUCAGGGAAGAGGAAUGUGAUUUGUCGGGCAGCUGAAGUUGGUCCCAGCAUAACAUUCCUUGGAAACAGACCAAAGACAUGCAGCGACAAGCAGUCAGGGUUGUUCCACGUAGUGACCACCAAGAACCAAGAAGUGCACUUUGCCUGCGAUGGAGUGGAGGUGGCCAAGUUGUGGGUGAGAGGGAUAAAACUAGUGACAAGAGAAGCCAUUUUCGGGAAGACAACACUCCGAGCUAUAUUCAACCAGGAAUUUGGGAGUUAGUUAAUAAGAAAAUACCCUAUUCACAUGUGUAUUGCUAGAUGUUUAAUAUCGUGCCUUGUAAAAGAUGAUGAUCGGGUUGUACCCAGCAGGGACAAUAUUGGUCUUCAGUAGUUAACCAUUUGAAGUAGAGUUUAGUAUAACUAUUACUCGUAUUAAUAUAGUUCUUCGUAUAGCUAGCCAAUUGAAGAUGGCAGAAUUAAGUGUUUGAGAAUAGAGCUAGUUGAUAUAAACUAGGGGCUCGCCCCGACCUUCAUGAUCAACAUAUUAUAUCAAUCUAGUGCUUACUCAUAACAGCCA